UAGAGGGCGCUAUUGAUGGAACAGCAGUUCUGAAGGCGAAAAACACUGAAAGAAAUUAUGGCGCAAACGUUUUUGGAGCCCUUUUCAGUGUCAGGGAUGGACUGUCAGACUGCGGUGGCUGUUCAGUCUUUGUUGGAGUCCACAGUCAGUGAUGCUUCUCCAAUUGACGAAGAGGAUGUCUUUCAGUGUGGAAAGUGUAAGAAACAGUUCACAUCACUUGGUGCCUUUGUAAACCACAAACAGAGCCGAUGUGUCACUCAGAAAACCAUUCAGCAGCUGACAAAUGCCAUCAGUAGUGCUGUCAACACUGUGCCUGUAUCCUCCAACUUAAUGCAAAAUGUCAACAAAGGACCACAACUCAUACAGACCUCAUACGCACCACAGACCUCCAUCACCCAGCUUCCACAGAAUAUGGUUCUCACAGACGACCUUAUGUCCUUCGCCAACGUAGACACAUCAGCGAUUCAACUGCAGGCCUCUACUUUACAGUCAGCUGGUCCGUUCCUGUCUCAGGUUGCGACUUUCACUUCAAGAUCGCCAAACAACGUUACCAUUCUUAGUCCCGUGACCACAUCACUGCCCUCUAGUGGCUCCGCCUUCACCAGCACAGUCCAUUCUACCAAUCAGAUUCAUCUACAGCCAGUCCAGCAGCAAAUCACCCUGACUACACUCCCAGAGAAACCAAUAGCCCCUAAUAUGGGCAACAUAGCUAAGCCAAGUCCAACUAAGGCAGGAAGAAAAUCAGCCCAAGCUAGCCUUGUAACCGUUGUUUCAGCAGACUCACUUGUGAAGCUAAAACGCAGCAAAAAUGGCAACAUGGUGUUGGACGAGAAAAAAAAGCUACGUUGUAACUACUGUGAUAAAACAUUCGCUAAAAACUUUGACCUUAACCAACAUGUGCGCGCACACACAGGAGAAAAACCCUUCCAAUGUAUCGUCUGUGGGCGAGCCUUCGCACAGAAAUCCAACGUCAAAAAACAUAUGGCAACACACAAGGUAUGGCCAGCAGGAGCAGGGUCCACUCUACCAAACCAGCCGUCACCCCUGUUGAUUGAGGAAGACGAGGAGCCCCCUCUCGACUCCUCGCUGGACCCACCUCCAUCUGAGGAACUGAACCAGAACCAACUCAUGACCCACGAAGAUUCCCUGGCACACGUCACUGAUGUCCCACAGGUGGUUGUCUUGGAUAAUAAUCCUAUAGUGGAUCCAACAGUUGAUCCCUGUGGAUUGCAAGACUCGGAACAGAUGGUCGAUGACAAGCAACCAUCGGAUGAUGCAGAGAAUACCAAGGUGAAGGUGGUUGUAGAUAACUCGUACCUGUGUCAGUACUGUUGUGCUAAGUUCAGGACGUACUUCCAGCUCAAGACACACAUGGUUCAUCACAAGGACCAGCAGGUAUACAAGUGCGUAGUGAAGGAAUGUCAAGAUACCUUCAAGGACCUUGACUCAUUCCUGGAGCACAUCAAGUCACAUGAUGAAGACAUGUCCUACAGGUGUCAUAUGUGUAACAAGUUCUUCCCGACCUUGUAUGACCUUGGUGUCCACCAGUACACUCACAGCCUUUACCCAAACCAGGGGAUCAAGCCUGGCCCAAGACAUUUCCAGUGUACCAAGUGUAUGAACAAGUACUCAACCCCAGAAGCCUUAGAACAUCACUUGGCAACCUCUACCCACAACCACUCCUGUCCCCAUUGUGAGAAAACAUUCACCUGUGAGAGAUACCUGAGGCGCCAUCUUCCUUCCCAUGGAUCAGAAGGACAGUUCCAGUGUCCAACAUGUGAGAAGAGGUUUAAGGGAGAACACUACCUAAAGAUGCACAUGUUAAUCCACAGCGGGGAGAAACCAUUCCAGUGUGAUGUCUGUUCUGCUUCAUUUAACAGAAAGGACAAGCUCAAACGACACAUGCUAAUACAUGAUUCUAACAAACGUUACCGGUGUCCCUUCAAAGCUCUCACAGGUUGUCAGAAAGAAUUUAAUCGUCCAGACAAAUUAAAAUCUCACAUCCUAACACACAGUGGAAUAAAGCCUUAUAAGUGUCGCGAGUGUGGUCGCUCUUUUGGCCGGAAACCACAUCUGAGAGAACACGAGCGUGGGCAUAGAGCAGACUUCAAGUUCAAGUGUGAAACAUGUGGAAAAGGCUUUUUCCGACCAAAGCUUUUUCAGUCUCAUAAAUGUCACCCAUUAAAGCCUGGUCAGGCCCAUGUAUUUAAGCCACGAAAUAAAAGGAAAGUUGGCCGUCCAAAAAAACGAGUUCCAUCUGAAGCUGAGGGUGUCCGGGUAGAAAAUACUAUGACACUAGAUAAUAAAGAGGAGAAGUCGUCUACAACGCCAGACGCUACAGGAGAUGCCCACAAUGUGAUCGUUCAGGAAGAGAAUGUGAGGAAUGGAUCAGGGGGUAUAUAUGUGAAUGAACAACUAGUGGUAGGAUUGAAUGACCACGAACAAGGGGGACAACUAUCAAGCAUACCUGAAAAGCGUGUUUCACGAAGCAGUAGCAUAACAUCAUCAAGUAAAAAGCCUGAUUUCUGUGUAAAGGUUAGUGCCCCUCCUCCUGUUCCGCCUGCUGUGGCGCCCAGGUAUGUAACAGUACAUAUACAGAACAGCAACACUGCCACAGGCCAGGAUAUCCAAACACACUUAAUGCCUCACCACUCCCAGCAACUCAUGUCUCACCAGUCUGGAGCCAAUGGCAGUAUGCAGCCUAUCACCAUUAUAGAGGCCCAACAUGUCCCGAUGCACCUUCCCAUGAUGACAGGCCUGGACAACAGUAUUGGAGAACCUAUCACCAUGCAAAUGGCCACUGUGAGUGGUGCUGAAUCCCUAGCACAGAGUGUGGCUGCUGUAGGGGGUGUUGUGAGUGAACUCAUCCCUGUGGCUGUUGCCAUGCAGGAUAACUCCGACUCAAUGGUGGCCACCCAAGUGGUUGUGACGUCCAACAGGGCCAGUGACCAAGGUUACAUCACUAGUUCUGCCUCUCUAGAGGACUAUGGGACACCAGAUGGUGAUCUAGUGUUACAGGGAACAGACAAUCUUCUCAAGGCCCAUACUGACAUGUACCACUCUGCUCAACAGUAAUGUCUGGGAGAGGACUAUUGGACACCAAAUGGUGAUCUAGUGUUACAGGGAACAGACAAUUUUCUCAAGGCCCAUACUGACAUGUACCACUCUGCUCAACACUAAUGUCUGGAAGAGGACUAUGGGACACCAGAUGGUGAUCUAGUGUUACAGGGAACAGACAAUCUUCUCAAGGCCCAUACUGACAUGUACCACUCUGCUCAACAGUAAUGUCUGGGUUAGGUUCUUAUAUCCACCAUUAAUCUUUCUAGGUACCAUUCUGGACACGAUUACACAUUCAUUCUCAAAUUCUUUCUUUAAAGCACCUUCUAUACUGAUUCAAAUAAAAUACUGCAUUUUUCAGUUUUGCUCAAUCAAAAAUUCUUGCACAACGAUUGGUGAUAUUGUAGGUAGUGAAUCCUAAUAAAUACUACCAAGGGCCUGUCUAUAACAUUGCUGAGCAAAAUCUGGUGAAUUCGGAGCUACUAGAUUUUUUUGCUCCAUUUAAUACAUAAAGUAAAGAGUCAAGUCAUUGUGACUUGCUGCUUUAUUACUUUGAUUUUGAGCAUCUGUUACGUAUACCUCUUUGUAUUCAUGUGGUUUAACAUAGAAUAACUGUUUUCAUAUAUAAUAGGUGUUGCUUAUAGCAUUGCUUGUAUUUCAUUCUGCGUUAAUUGGAUUAAGCAUUAAGCCAACUUAAACUGCUACUAGAAAAUACCAUUGAUUUGUAAUCCCAAGAUUGUUCUUAGAAGCCUCUGCUUAACAAGAAAUGUGCACUUCUUGUUUAUUUGCAAAUUACAUAUUACUUGGCAGCAGUACAUAAGAAGAAAUACUAUUUUGAAUGUGUUUAGUUUCACCAUUUACAGGAAAGGCUAGAUAGCAAGGAUCUUAUUCUUUUACACAUUACACUGUAUUAGCAACUGAAAGAUGUUCAUAUCUGAAUAAGCAGAAAAAUAAACACAAGAGAUGCAAAGUAAGGAGGCACCUAUUUAAAACUUUAGUGAGUUGAUGCA